UGGGGUUUGCGUCGUCUCACUUCCUCAGUUUCCCUUGGAAUUCGUCCCUAUAGCACUUUUAGAGGUUGUGAAUACCAUAUACUUUCAACUGACAAUUACGAAAAAAUUUCGGAUAAUUGCGAUGAAAAAGCACUUAGGGCGAGUACGGACUUUCCUCAGUUGCUUUUGACGGCAACUGCCAUCA